AAUACACUACACUCACUUUCUCUCUUGCUUUUCUUCUCCCUUGCUUGCUUUAUCUCUCGCUGUCUGUCUUACUUGCUGUGUUUUAUGUCUGAAGAGGGAGAAAUAAAAAGGGAAGAAGAAACAGAGGGAGAGAAAUAAAAAGGGCAGAAGAAAAAAAAUGCAGCAACAUCUCAUGCAGAUGCAACCAAUGAUGGCAGCAGGCUAUAAUCCUAACAACGUCACAACGGAUCACAUCCAACAGGGGGGACUUAUUUCUUUUGGUGCUCUAGAUGUGUAUCUGGAUGAGAACAAGUCUUUGAUUCUAAAGAUUCUUGAGAACCAGAACACUGGGAAAGUGAGCGAAUGCGCGGAGAACCAAGCGAGGCUUCAACGAAAUCUGAUGUAUCUGGCUGCUAUUGCUGAUUCUCAACCCCAACAACCCACCAUGCAUGCUCAGUUUCCUAAUGCGGUUCAGCAGGGUGCACACUACCUGCAACACCAACAAGCUCAAGCAAUGACACCGCAGUCAUUGAUGGCAGCCCGUUCCUCAAUGUUGUAUGGUCAGCAACCAAUGUCUGCAAUGCAACAGCAGCAAGCUAUGCAUAGCCAACUCGGUAUGAACUCUGGUGUUAGCAACAAUGGGCUGCACAUGAUGCAUAGUGAAGGAGGCAUGGGAGGAGGAAAUGGGUCAAUGGGUGGUGGGUUUCCUGAUUUUGGCCGUAGUAAUGCCAGUGAAGGUUUGCAGAGCAGGGGGGUUACAAUUGCGAGCAAACAUGAAGUUGGUAAUGCAGAUUCUAACGAAGGGCGAGGUGGUAAUUCAGGAGGCCACGGUGGUGAAGCCGGUGAACAGAUGUAUUUGAAAGGCGGAGAUGAAGAGGGUAAUUAGUAGAUCAUAUGAUGGUAACUGUUGAAAAUUAACAUUAGGCAAGUUUUUUAGAGUUCGAAACAAGUCUUUGGCAGUGACUUGAUGUUAGUUUAGGGUAAGAAAAUGAAGUUGCUGAUCUUUUCGUAGUGAGAUUUACAGAGAGAACUGUUUCUAGCGUCUUAGACAUGCUAUCAUGCAUUAAUGUAUCCUGUAAAUCAUGAUCUGCACACGCUGAAUGAAUUUCAUAUAUUUUCAUCAUGUCUUCGUUUUUGGUGCGGUGGUAUAGUAUUUUACGUCCAUCGUAGAACGGCAUGCUAUUGAACCAUGACUUAUUAGUAACAUUCUUAUUUAAUUUUAUAGAAGACUAGAUUUUGUGCCGGUGGGCGGACUA